UCUGUCACCACCUCUCCCCCGCAUCCCGCGUCCCGCGCCUUUACAACCCCUCCACGCGCUCGAGGCAUCUCAAUUGGCCUCGUACCAAUUGGCCUCGUACUCCCCCCCCCCCCCACCCCCCCAACAACACUUGUCUCGCUUUGCGCGCUCGCUCCGCACCGACGCCGGUACCAGUGAUGCCUCGUUCCACCCUCGCUUUCUAACACGAACCCGCUCAUUCGAUAAUCGACAACGACGGACGACAGACAGACAAGAUGCCUCCACACAUGCACCCGCGCUCGCGCAUGACCGCCUCGCUCUUCACCACCACCCUGAUGGUCUCGUUUCUCGUCGUCACAGCGCCGCAUCUGAUACCCUGCCCCGUCGACCCGCGCACACUCAAUGACUCGGCCGAUCCUACUCGGAAGCGGAGAAGAAGGAGGCCGGUCGAGGAUGAUGAGGAGGUGGGCAACGAUGCGCUAGACGAGGAUGCCAGGACCAGGAUGAUGAUCGAGAGGAGGCUGAAUCCGAAGAGGGAGUGUCCGAUUCCAAAGCCAGCGGGCCUGGUCGGGCAGGUUUUGGGCAUGACGAGGAAGGAGGAUGGGGAGGAAAGCGAGUCGGUUACAAAACAGGUCGAGCGCACAUGGAGGAAGACGCGAUCGAGCGAGGAUCAAUAACGCGGUUGCAGCUGCUCGGGGACGGAAGGGAGACUGUAUUGUACAUUUGCAGGUCAUGGGAAGGAAGCAUCAUGUAGAUCAUAUGUACAUA